UGGGUUCCAAUUGAUGUUCCGAUUGGAGUGCGGAUGGUAGUGCAGUGUUAGCGGUGUGCGUGGUGGAAAAUUCGAUUUUUCUGAAUAUUUAACCCUUCUUGGUAGCCGAGUCGUUGUUCAUUCGCGUCAAUUAAACCCAAAGCGGGCGCAUCCAGAGAGCUCCUCCGUUUCCUGAACAAGCACUGUUUUGGAAACUCUUUGUUUCCGGAUUGGAUUUAUCCGACCGUGUGUGGAACGCUCCCCAUUUGUUUACUCCGACCUCCGGCCGCCCCACAUUUUCAGCUGAACUUGUGCCGUUGGGUGGUGUUGUCAUUGCCCCGCUCCCCCCGAAAGUUUGGUGCGGAAAAAAUCGAAACUCGCGCACAGUGGGCGCUACCGAGGAAUAAUUUUGAGAAGAUAAUAACUUUCCGGCGGAGACCCGCAGUUGUGCAAUCGCCGUGCCAGCCCAGCCCACCCCCAGCCAUCAGACCGCCCCAUUUGAGCUUUAGCCAGCAGUGCAUUGAAAUUCAGAGGCCGUACGCUCGUUCCACUGUGCGAGUGCUUCCAUCGGACGGAUUAUUCAAAUUCGAGCACCAGCGGCAAACAAAUUGAAGCAGAGCGCUGCCCCGCAUCGCCGCAGAAGACUAGAAGACAGCUGGUCUGGUUUGGAAGAGCCGCCUCCGAUCUGCCGAGCCUACGAUGUAAGCUGCUAACACGCCAAGGGACCAAGAGCACAGUUACAGCGCGAGUUGUAACUCAACCACGAAUUCGAAGUUCUGAAAUUUCAGAGCUCGCACCGACGCCCCCUAAGCGAGGACAGAGGCCAUAAAUCAUUAUCCAGCCGGGAGCGACGAGCAGCGAUUGAGUUGCACCACCGGAGAGCCCCGAAUCAAUCAUACGCCACGUUGGCCGGCCCGUUUCCUCCGUCGAUAUGUUUGCCCGUCCGCCGCCGCACCACGCGCCGCGCACUUGACACGCGUUGAAGCGAGUCAGUGGUCAGGGAGAAGCAGCUGAGCGUCUCCCGGAAGAGCUAGCUCCACUUGGAAUCCGACGACCGUCGCGUCCGAGGUGUCCGCUCCGGUUUGUUUUCGUUAUUUUUCGUUGAAAGUCGCGUUCGUGGGACGCCGUGUGGGCAAGCGAGAAGCCGCCGCGACUCAUUGGCAUCAAAAGUGAUCGGUCACCGCGACGACAGACUACCGCAUGUGGCUGCCAAGGUGUAAACCCCUCUCCGGCAGCAUCUACUGCUACAACACCAACUGCAUUAGCAACAGCAACAGCAACUACAACUGCCUCCAGUUGUCAACGACCAUCGCUCAACAUAUUCUCCGUUGGCCUGUGAUACUCCCCCUAGCGUUCUUAAUGAAUGACUCUCGGUGCAAGUCAUCCUACCGUGCCAGCAAACCGACCGCCUCGUUCGACAACAGCCAGAACAACAAUCCCCGUACUUACAACAACAGCGGCAAGUCCGACAAGGUGUUCCUGCACUACACGCCCCGCGACCCCCGCCUAAGAAUUCUCAACAAGACCGCCACGCUGAAUAAACCCUUGAAUCGCACUCUGAGCGAGCUAAAUAUAACUGAAGAUCUGUGCAAUUAUGGUGAAUUAAUUGGCGGCGGCAGUGCUCAAAUUGUGAAAAGUGUGCAAGUGAAAUCCUAAGCGGUAGCAGGUCGGUUCGGUUUUUUUUCCAAUCUGUUGUCGGACGGGCGGGUGACCCCGACUGGAUGGUAGACGGAAAGCAGGUUCCCAGGUUCGCACUGCAGCCUCAAGGACCCCGAGGACGUGGCGCCCAUUUAGACACCACUACGAGAUCUAAUGCAAACUGUG